CCCACUAAUGUGAAAACAAUUAAAGACCCCGCAUCCCUAACGAUUGGUGCGUUUUUAUUUUUCCACCAAUUUCCUGUUAUUCGUAAUAGUUUAUAUAGCAGCAAGAUAAAAUUGUAUAUGUGACAUAUGUUGACAAUUCUCCCCCUUGACUGUGACCCUUUUAUCACAUGAUCUCAUUGUAACCGGAACUUCUUAUCUGUUCGAUGCAUAAGUAAUUACCGGAACAUUUUAUUUUAGUCAAAGAUGGCCCUUAAGUAAAAUGUCUCUAUCCAGACUGUUGUUUUCCAAGAGAACUGACUGCCUAUUGGCUAUGAUAGCUUGUCGUUCUACUGGCGUGAAGGAUUCCGGAUGUGCUUCCCUAUCCGAAACGUUAUGGUUUUCUUCUCUUCGUUGCAUUGACACCCAUUCAAGUUAGCCGGCAAUAUGUUUUCAGCAUUUAUAUUUUAAGUUUAAUUUCUGCCUCGCUAAUUAAAAACUUAUUUGUACAUUACAUAUGAAUAGACUUUAGCCAUUCAACUUGCCACUCGUCUACCUAUCUCGAUUACAAGUAUUUAGGAUGUUGAGAUGGAGGAGGAACACCAGGACAGAGAGCAGCCCGAGGCGGUGAGGCGCAGUCAUCCACAGUCUCAGUGCAGCGCCGAUGAGACGGAUUCUCUUGAAGCUGCUGCCGCCGCCACUGUUUCCCUUCAUGAUCCCAGUGCUGAGGGCCGAGACUGCAGCACUGGGGGCCCGGACUGUAGCGCCAAGGGCCCGGACUGCAGCCCCAAGGGCCUAGACUGCCCCAAGGGCCCGGACUGCAGCACUGAGGGCCCGGACUGCAGCCCCAAGGGCCCGGACUGCAGCCCCGAGGGCCCGGACUGCAGCCCCAAGGGCCCGGACAGCAGCCCCAAGGGCCCGGACAGCAGAGCUGAGGGCCCGGACUGCAGCCCCAAGGGCCCGGACAGUAGAGCUGAGGGCCCGGACUGCAGCCCCAAGGGCCCGGACAGCAGAGCUGAGGGCCCGGUUCCCGGUAAACCGGAGGGCGUGAAGGUCAUCGGCUCCACGAAUGGACCAGCAGAGCCUGAGCUGCAAGGGCCAGGAGGAGACGGCCCGUCGGAAGGAAUGGGGCAUCAGAGCGAGGUCGGGGCGGAUCGGAGCGAGGUCGGCUUGGUGGAUCAGAGCGAGGUCAGCGUUCCGGAUCAGAGCGAGGUCAGCAUGGGGCAUCAGAGCGAGGUCAGCAUGGGGCAUCAGAGCGAGGUCAGCAUGGGGCAUCAGAACGAGGUCAGCGUUCCGGAUCAGAGCGAGGUCAGCAUGGGGCAUCAGAGCGAGGUCAGCAUGGGGCAUCAGAGCGAGGUCAGCAUGGGGCAUCAGAACGAGGUCAGCGUUCCGGAUCAGAGCGAGGUCGGCGCUGGGGAUCGGACCGAGGUUGGCACGGCAGAUCAGAGCGAAACCGUCGCGGGGCAUCAGAGCGAGGUCGGCGCGGGGGAGGUGAACGGUCAGCGGCAGCCGGACGGCGGCGAGGACGAGGAGGACCCGCCGGAGAACGCCUCCGACUCGGCGUCCACCGACAACACCCUGGAGGACUCCAGCGAGUUCGUGGUGACGGUGCUGGGCCGCGGCAACCUGGACGACCAGGGGGAGGGGCCCGGCUCCGCCCUCUCCGAGGCCGGCGGCCUAUCGCAGGGCGGCGCGGCGCCCGGCCAGGACGAGGACGUGACGGCGGAGGGCUGGCGUAGCCACCGGAAGCACGUCUUCGUCCUGAGCGAGGCCGGCAAGCCCAUCUACUCUCGCUACGGCAACGAGGAGGCGCUGUCCUCCACCAUGGGCGUCAUGAUGGCCCUGGUGUCCUUCGUGCAGAGCGGGGACAACACCAUCCGCUCCAUCUACUCAGACGAGCACACGGUGGUGUUCAUGCAGCAGGGCCCCCUGGUGCUGGUGUCGGUGUCCUGCACCCGGCAGUCGGAGCAGCAGCUGCGCGACGAGCUCCUGUACGUGUACAACCAGAUCGUCAGCAUGCUGACGCAGGCCAGCAUCAACCGCAUCUUCGAGCGCAAGAAGAACUACGACCUGCGGCGGCUCCUGGCGGGCUCCGAGAAGAUCCUGGACGGGCUCCUGCGGCUGGUGGACUCGGACCCCAGCUUCCUGCUCUCGGCCAUCCACUGCCUGCCGCUGGCGUCCUCCCUGAGGGACUCGCUCAGCCAGAUCCUGCAGAAGGCCAUCACGCCCAACCUGGUCUUCUCCAUCCUCAUCGCCAAGAGCCAGCUGCUCACCAUCGUGCAGGAGAAGACGGUGAUCGAGGACGCGCGGCUGGAGCCCGCCGACCUGCACCUGCUGCUCAACCUGAUCGGCGCCUCCUCCGCCUUCCAGGCGGGCGAGAUCUGGACGCCCAUCUGCCUGCCGCUCUUCAACCCCGACUGCUACUUCUACGCCUACGUGUCGUACCUGGACCCGCCCGAGUGCACCGUGUGCCUGCUGCUGCUGUCCACGGACAAGGAGGCCUUCUACGCGGUGGCGGAGUGCAAGCGGCGCAUCGAGGAGGGCAUGCGCGCCCACGGCGCCCUGCGCGCCAUCGCCCGCGCCCAGCCCUACUGCGCCAGCCAGGUGGGCGUGCCCGACCUCCGCCACUUCAUGUACAAGCCCUUCGACGUGCCGGACAACCACCGCCAGCUCACCCAGUUCACCAGCCCUGAGAUGGAGGCCCCGUACUGCAGCGAGGAGGAGAGGAGCCGGCUGCUGGACCUGUACCGCUACAUGCACAGCCGCAUCCACAGCAGCUCCCGGCCCCUCAAGCUCAUCUACCACGUGGCCGAGAGAGAGACCCUGCUGGCCUGGGUGACCAGUAAGUUUGAGCUGUACACCUGCUUCAGUCCCCUGGUGACCAAGGCCUCCGCCAUCAACGCCAUCACCAAGCUGCUGCGGUGGAUCAAGAAGGAGGAGGACCGCCUCUUCAUCCGCUGCCCCCCCAAGUACUCCACCACCCCCAACCCCAGCAAGGGCUCCCGCGGGGGCAAGGGGGGCUCCGACAGGCCGGACGCCGCCGACAACGGCUUCCUGUCCCUCUUGUAGCACCGCCCCCCCCCCCCGCCCCACCUGACAUCCUGCCGACUCGAUACACACACACACACACACACACACCAGCGAGCGUCACAGGCCAAACCUCUGCAGUGUUGGGUUUGUUUUAAUUAACAGGUAAAUAGCUGUAUUACCACAUGUAUGGAGCUGUACGGAAAAAAAAAGUACAGCAACAUCCUCUCACAAGAGGGAAUUCACAUCACAAGCUUCCAUAGUUCUUGUUGGGACGUCGUCCAGCUGACUGGGUUGUACUACAUAUUGGGUGAAUGAAAGGUUUAAAAUAUAGUGUGUAGUACUGAAUUUUCAGAGAAUGUGCAGAGACUUUUGGAAAUGUUGAACAUCAUAGCAAGUAUUCAGGUUUGUUUUGAUAUGAUUUUGUAUGAAAUUGCACUACUGUUCACAUAUGGUAUUCAGUGGUUUCACCAGUGAAUUCUCAAGAUUAGCUGAAAGAUUUAUGUACCAUAUCAAUGUUGGAAAAAGGAACAUUUUUAUGGGAACACCAAUGGCUUUUUUUGUUACAAAGACAUGCUCUUAAAUAUGUUUUUGUAGACGUAUCUACACACGAAACCAUUGCGCAACACUUGCUAACGCAUCGUUGUUUAAGAUCCUGAGUGUGGUGUCUGGUUUUCCUCAGCAGAAUACUCAGAUUUUACACUUUUCACAUCUUCAGGUUUGUUCUGAUAAAAUGUCUGGUGUACAUAUGUGGUGCUUUUUAAGUUGUGAUGAGGGUGGAGUUUGUUAAAAAAAAAAAAGACCUGUGAUCAUUUUCUUUUCUCGUUACUUCGCUAAAAUUGAGUUUGAUUUAUUGUUAUUAUUAUUAUUAUUAUUAUUAUUGAAAGGUGAGUCUGCUUUAGAUAUGAUUUGUCUUAAAUUGCUUCAUUCUGCAGUGCAGAAAGUGCAAGUCUUCGGUUUGAGAAGCUGAGGUAUCUUUUUUACCUCCAGCCGGAAAGCCUUUGAGAAGAAGCUAAUCGGAAACACCUCUCUGUUAAUCAGACCUCCGUGCGCCGUCUCGUCUGGACUUAAAAUGGCUCUUUUACGUUGUGGGAAAGUUUGCGAGAGCAGCAGCACUGUUUUGCUCAUGGAGUACUGUGGGUAGGGAGGCGGAGCAAAGGGGGGGGGGGGGGGGAGGUAUUUCUUUGAGUGUCCGUCAUUUUUACUGCAUCCCCAUGGAAGCACGGCGCCAUGGUAAUUUUGGAAUGACGGGCGCACCAUUGUGCACGUUUUAUAACGAUCAUCGGUGGACAUGUUACGUUUGAAGGUGGGACAGUUUGAGAAACCCCCCCCCUCCCCUCGCUCGACGCCGGACACACGUGCGCUCUCCGCGCUUUAGCCGAUGGGUGUGCGGACCGCUCCCACGACAGAGCGUGUGCACACGCCCUACGCUUUUUUUUUUCCCAGGUUCUUUUUCACGAGCGACGCUAGCUUCUUCGCUAGCUUCUUCGCAACCUUCCUCAAUCACGCCAGGCCCAAAAUGUCAGCUCUCGCUUUCAUUCGGACUGGGACAAAUCCAGGGACCGGCCUGCUUUAAACUUGUAAAAAGGUUAAACGCUGAAUGUGUGGACUACUGAAAUAAACCUCCCCUGUUCCCCAGCGUGCAUCCCUGUCUGUUGACGUGUGUUUCUCUACCAUUCAGUAAAGGAAACAAGACUGCA